CACUGCCUCGCAUCGCCCAUGCACUCUCGUAAUGCCAACGAGCUGCUCCCCGCGACCGUCUCACACUCGAGCUCCAUCCAUUCAACGUCCAGCGUUCCUUUCACGAGCCACCUGGAGUCAUCAGCACUUGAUGUGCGAGCCACCUUCAACGCCGAGCACGCGAACAAUUUCCCCGCUCGUACGACCCAACCGAGCCACGACCGUGCUUCGUUUUGUCAUCCCUUUUUGGUGUUUGGUAUAUUAUGAUAACUCCAAUAUUUAUUUUUGUUUUUAUCGUCAGUUUCUUUCGCUCAAACAAGGUACUCGGUCUGUUGACGAGUACGAAAGAGAGUUUACCAGACUUGCAGCUUUUGUUCCGGACCUGGUUCGUACGGAGGCACAGAGGGCACAACGCUUCAUUGACGAGCUUUACCCAGCAGUUUGUCACAACAUUGUAGGUCACGGGACCCAGACGUAUGCACGUGCUGUUUCGAUUGCCCAGAAGGUGGAUGCCAGCAUUCGAAGGGAGGUGAACCUUGAUCGAUUGCAGCCAGUUGCCCCUGCCCAGUCUUCUACAGCUCCACCGAUGCCACCAGCCACUGCCCAGCCACCGAAGAAUAACAAGAGGAAGGGGAAAGGUGCCCCGAUGGACAAGAGGACCCAGCGGAGGCUACAACAGGUUCCACAGUGCCCGACUUGCGGACGACUUCACCGCGGCGAGUGUCGAUUCGGCCAGGAUAUAUGCUACUACUGUCAUGAGCCCGGACACUUUGCUAACCGUUGUCCGAAGAAGGCACAACAGCCCCAGCAGCCUCAGCAGCCACAUCAGCAGCAACAGCAACCCC